AUGACCAAAUCAUUCAACCAGGAUACUAUAAUCAAUAAAACUGACAAUAAAAUGAACUGCAAAUUGAUGGCCGUAUUGGUAGUGAUGGCAGUGAUGGCGAGUGUUUGGGCGGAUGUGUCGAACGUGUCUGUUGAGGACAUACAGGAGCACCAGUUCUACGCCCAUCUGAACGGCAGUUACUGUUACUCGAGUCCACUGAAGUCGAGCACCGGUAGUGACAACUAUUACAGGACGUGUUGGAAAGAGCACCAGUUCUACGCCCAUCUGAACGGCAGUUACUGUUACUCGAGUCCACUGAAGUGCUCGUGGCCAUCACUGUUGAUAAUGUCCUGCACAACCUUUCAGACACAGCCUGCCCAAACAAUGACCUUCACAGUGAUUAUAGCAAUUUAA